AGGGAGGGAAGGAAGGAAGAGAGGGAGGCGGGCAGCAGGCGGGCGGGCGCGGGGGUCGGGGACUGAGGCAGCAGAGAGAGGCUCGAGCCCGGCAGCCGCCUCGCGCUGCGUUUGCUGCGCGGGCUUCUGCAGGGGGCGGCCGUGGAGACGGCGGAGGGGAAGCGGGCACCGGCGGCGUUGGUGCUGGCGCCUGGGGGCGGGGGACCGGGGAGGCGAGCAGGGGGGUCGCUGCGGUGCUUCUUGGGCUGUCGCGCUCUCCUUGCCUUUCUCCGGGCUCGGUGGGCUCCUCCCGGCGUCUCUCUCGCCUCCGGGGCCCCGAUCCCCGCCCCCCGCGGUAUGUCUUGAUCCCGAGCGGCGGGUUUCAUGGGGCUCCUCAGGAUUAUGAUGCCGCCCAAGUUGCAGCUGCUGGCGGUGGUGGCCUUCGCGGUGGCGAUGCUCUUCUUGGAGAACCAGAUCCAGAAGCUGGAGGAGUCCCGGUCGAAGCUAGAAAGGGCUAUCGCACGACACGAGGUGCGAGAGAUCGAGCAGCGACACACCAUGGACGGCCCUCGGCAAGAGGCAGCUUUCGACGAGGACGAGGACCUGGUGAUCAUUUAUAACCGAGUCCCCAAGACGGCGAGCACCUCUUUCACCAACAUCGCCUAUGACCUGUGCGCCAGGAACAAGUACCACGUGCUCCACAUCAACACCACCAAAAAUAACCCCGUGAUGUCGCUGCAGGACCAGGUGCGCUUUGUAAAGAAUAUAACGUCCUGGAAAGAGAUGAAACCAGGGUUUUAUCAUGGGCACGUUUCUUAUUUGGAUUUUGCAAAGUUUGGGGUGAAGAAGAAGCCAAUCUACAUUAAUGUGGUCAGGGACCCCAUCGAAAGGCUGGUUUCUUACUAUUACUUCCUGAGAUUCGGAGACGACUACAGACCAGGACUGAGAAGACGAAAACAAGGAGACAAAAAGACCUUUGAUGAGUGUGUGGCCGAGGGCGGUUCCGACUGUGCUCCGGAGAAGCUCUGGCUCCAGAUCCCCUUCUUCUGUGGCCACAGCUCGGAAUGCUGGAAUGUCGGAAGCAGGUGGGCGAUGGAUCAAGCCAAGUACAAUCUAAUCAAUGAGUACUUUCUGGUGGGGGUGACUGAAGAGCUGGAAGAUUUCGUCAUGCUGCUGGAGGCGGCUUUGCCCCGAUUCUUCAGGGGCGCCACGGAACUCUACCGAACAGGAAAGAAAUCCCAUCUGAGGAAAACCACGGAGAAGAAACUCCCCACCAAACAGACCAUCGCGAAGCUGCAGCAGUCUCACAUCUGGAAGAUGGAGAACGAGUUCUACGAGUUUGCGCUGGAGCAGUUCCAGUUCAUCCGAGCCCACGCCGUGCGCGAGAAGGACGGGGACCUCUUCAUCCUGGCCCAGAACUUCUUCUAUGAAAAGAUUUACCCCAAGUCGAACUGAGCGCGGGCGGCCCUGAGGUGCCCGACCCGCCUCCCGCUCCGGCCUCAGCGCUGCGGCCCGGCUGGCGGAUGGGCGCGGGAGCGGGCUCGUCCGGGUGGAGCCGGGCUGGGACACGGACAGUGGCGACCAGGGAGCGGAUUCUGGCCGAUACGUCGGCGGUCUAGCAAGUGUAAGUGUCAGCCUCCCCCCCCCCCCCCCCGAUGGUUAAAUUGUGGCGGGCGAUAGAAGCUCCUGCCUGGACCACAGCUGCACAUCACCUGAAAGAGACGCCCGGCAGGCUGAGGGAAGGCCAAACGCAGUUCCCAGAGAAAGUCCUGAGGCUCCGUUUCGGAUAAAGCCUUUUCUCCAACGAACCAUGGGCGAAGACGGAUCCGUUUGCUGCUUCCACCCUCGCCCGGAGGUUUGGGUCGCACACCUCGACUGGAGGGCGUUGACUGUUGGGCAGAGUGUGCUUUUCUGUGACUCGCGUCUCCUGACGUUUCUCGGGAUGUUGGGUCACGUGUGCUCGGAACAUUUCUGCUGUAGUUGGAAUUGCCCAUAUUUAUGUCGGUCAUUUUAAUUUUCUUUAAAAAGAUAUUGUUCGUGUUAAGAACCAACUAAAACCAUUAUUAGUACUGUACAAAGAAUCCAGGCAGUAUUUCUCAUUCCCGUCACCCCGUGUCCAAGCUUGGGGAAGCGCCUCGGAGCUUGUCGCCGGCACCUGCGGGUUGAGUUGAGGCUCCCACACGGCGCGGUCGGAAGAGUGAGGCUGGGGCUCCUCUCUCCACGGGCUGUUUGUAAAACCGUAAGCGGAAAUGUUGGUGACUCCGUGUUAUAACUCCGCGAGUGAGCUGUGGUGUGGGUGGGUUUCCUACUUCUCUGUACUUUUAUCUGUAGACUGUUUUUACUACGGUGCUUUAUAAUGUGUUUUAAAGCAUUGCAUUUACAGAAAGAGAAAAAUGCUGUAAAUAUUGCAUAUUUUAUGUAUUUGGACCAAAAGGCUAGAAGUAAUGAGGACAAAAGUGAUUUUGCACCAAUUUUAUGAUGUCCAGUAAAACCAUCAGACCUAUCGUCCCUGUGUUUCUCCUUGAACUUGACUGUUAAGAUGUCACUGAAAUGGAACUCGGUAACCUCGCAGGUUUGACACGCACAGUUACUCCUCAGUGGGGGCAGUGGUUACAGUGGAAAGACGACCGGACAAGGAGUCAGAGCUCAUGGUUUCGUGUCCUGCCUCUGCCACAUACGUGCUGUGUGACCUUGGGCAAGUCGCUUAACCUCUCUCUGCCUCAGUUUCCUCAGCUCGGGUGAGGACGGUCAUCCUGCUCUACCUGCCUCCCCGGGGAGCUGUGGGGCUUGAAGGAGGCGACCUGUGCGGUUACCCGGAAACCCCAUAAUGAGCUGCGGAAACAUCAGCUCUUAGAAACCAUGUGUGACCUAUGGUUUCAUGCCAUUCAUUUUUUAACCAAAAAAAAAAAAAAGAAAGAAAAAAGUCCACUUAUAAGCUGGUUGGGGAAAAAAGCUAAUCUUGAUAUAAGUUUGCGUUUAAUAAAUAUCUUCUCAGUGUCUUAUCUUCCCUGUUUCAACAACUGCUGAACUAUGGAAACACCUGUGAACGCUUCAUGGUUCCAAAGCAGCUGCUUGAGCGCAGCAGAGUCCCGGUUUGAGGAGAAGGCUUUGUGUGCCGGCUCUCGAUGGGAGCAACGCUGCUUUUCAAGCGUGGGAGGUCUCUCUGUGUUUGUGUUUCAUUACCGUUCAGAAAUGGUAGCUCUCUGGCACCUCUGAUUUUUAAGGUAUAUUUGGCAGAGUUUCAUUUCCCUGUGCAUUUCUUCACCUUCUUCUACUUCUUGGGGUAACAGAGAGAAAGAAUUUUAGGAACAUUUUCUAAAAGGAUAACCUUUAAUAUGUUUAGUUCAAAUAAAUGUCCCAAACAAGGCCCCACGUAAGCAUUGUAGGCGGGUUGCUUUCGAGGCGAUUAAUGGUGUGCGGAAGCAGAGGCGGAGUUCUGCUCAUCAAAAGACAUUUAUAAACAGUGUUUUUAAAGAGCGAAAGGGAGUGGACAGAAUCCUUGCAGGAGGCUUUUGCCCCUGAUAACAGGAGGAUCUUAAGAGAGCAUCGACAGGCAGGCAGAGUUUCUUAUUUGGCUGGCUCUUUGGUGUAUCUUAAUUCCUGAGACCUCUUAGAGUUAUUUGUUGAAAACGUAUACAAAUGAUUCACCCCAGAGUAAAGGGCCGCCUCAGGACGGGGCCCCUGGCAUUACCUGCUAAGGAGCCCCAGCGUGCAGGGUGCUCGUGGAGCCCAGCUGAGACCUGCUUGAGGUGCUUUUGCUCUUCUGGGAAACGAGCGCACGGCGCCCCGGUCUGGGGCCAGCCAGCGCUUCUAGAAGGGCCCGGAGAAUAGAUGCUCUUUGGGGCUUUGCAGGCCAGUGUGUCUGUGACAGCGAGGCAGCUCUGCCGUUUUAGCUCAGGCCCCUCGUAGAGAUGGAGCCGGCCGCGUCCCCACAUAGAACCUUAUCGCCAAAGCAGGUGACAGGCCAGGUCUGUCCCCGGGGGUGUCCUUCAGCCCUGGGACAGAGGACGACUACUCAUGGAGAAAUCACUUCUGAACGUGUGCUCCGAUGGCCCAAAGGAGCCCAUAUCCUCCACCAAAGCUCCCCAUGUGUGUCCAGGGAAGAGCUUCCCAUUCAGGCGGUGCCCCCGGAUUCAGAAACUUUGACGACGUACCUCGCUUCCAGGUGGGCUGUUUUCUUUGCCAGUGUGACCGGCAGGUGGGCGUCGAUGCCACGGCCUCGGAGGUGGGUGAGACGCACCCUUUCCUGAGGCCGAGGAAGGGCUAGGGACCAUUCUGCGUGGUCGGGACCGUCCGGGGCGUCGGACAGGUGCAGAGCCCUCAUCGUACCUGACUUUGUCAUCAAAUAAAUAGAACCACUGAGAUGAUAAUGUAUUUUUUUAAAGUGGCAAAUACGGUUUUCUUUUUUCAGGCUUUGUGCUUUUUCAGUAUUUUGAACAUAGGGAAAUUUUCUUUUUAUAAUACAAGAGCAGAUUAACCACUUUGAAUUUUACAAGACAAUGUUAUGUGUGUAUGUGUCUCUCUCUCUAUAUGUUUAUUUCCUAAAAGAGGACAAAGUACUUUUUUGUUCAACUUGUUAUCGACUCCUGUUUUCUAAUUGCUGUGAAAUAGCAACUGUUGAUAAAUUAUUGAGACUGUUUUACAAUGUAACGGGGAGGAUAUAUUUUGAUUUUACCCAGCUUUAAUCUGUAAAGUGUCCCUUAAAUAUAAUCUGAUAGCAACACUGAAAA